CCCUUUAAAGAAAUGCACAAAAUGAACAUUUUGGAUUGGUACACAGAUUAUUUAGCCAAGUGUGCAAAGAGAAAUAGUUCUUUCAGAGUUACAGAUUUAGGGCACAGUCCACCAAUCCAAUCUGCUAUGCUGGUGUGUCUAACCCACUCCUCAUCGCCCACUCUUGCAGGAAGGCAAGCUGCAGCAAACCAAAGUCAUACGUUAAAUCCUGUGGACACUGCACAGUCAGGUGGCCAGGUGAAAUCUGCUCCUGUAACUGACUGCAGCAGUUCCAACAGUUCUGAGUCAGGAACGGUGCUUGUGAUGCACAUUGGACCAGAUGCUCUGCUUGGACCAAGAAAUCCCGCUGUUCUAUGGAGCUCCUUGAAUAUAACUGAACAGGUCAAAAGCCUCUUUAUGACUCUCUUCAUUUAACUUACCUCAUUGGGUUCUUAGGAUGAUGCGUGUAAUAAUGUGAUAACUCUGAGCUGAUAUAUAGAGGAAAUAGAACUGCCUUUCCCAAUUGUCACUAUUCCCCAUCAUCCCUAUUUAAAAUUGGAAUUAAGCAAGGGGAAAAGCUAAAUUCCAAAACAGUAAAGUAACUGAAUGAGGAAAAUAUGAUUUUCCUCAGGUGUUCUGAAGCAAGAACGCAAAUGCCUGUCUGUUAAACCUUGCACCCUCUUAGGGCCUCGUUGUUGUUGUGUCCCUAAAAUUGUUAAGGUUAAUCCAAAAAUAUAAAAUCUUAAAACAAUGAGCAGGGGUUUGAAAGCAUGUGUAUGAUAUUGGAAAGCUCUCUGUGGAGUACACACCCAGUUUUGUUGCUUGUGUAAUGUGUGAAACAGUCCCGUCUCUGUAUUUUGAAUGCAUUUUAUCUCUAGUUUAGGCAGAUAUUUGUGUAAAUUGGUACAUUUCUCACACCUUCAAGGGCAUUCUUUGACUCGUUUUUAUUUUGAAUGGUUGUUCUCAUCCAACCUUUCAUUAUCAGAUGUAUCACAUGAUACCAAAAAGCAGAUAAGAGAUUUGUCUUCAUAUUUUCUUGUAACAAUUCUACCUCCAGAGCAGCAGGGGAAAGAAGGUGAAACCAGAGGCUCAAUUCUGAAGAUCAUGCUUAUCCUGAAGGAGAAAACAGAUGAAUGGUGGACUCCGCUCUGAGUCUCAGCAACUGACAAUGUGAGAUCAAUGAUUAGAUAGUACAAUGAUAGGAGCUAUCGGAGAGAGAAAAAUUAAAUGCACAGAUUGCCCUUGAAUUGUCUGUCCUUCUACUUGGGGCGAAACCCGAUGCUCUGAAUCUCAUUUUCCAAAGUGCUUCAGGAAUUUAGGCGUGCCAAUGGCUCGAGAGCACUGAAAACUCGUAUCUACGCACCUACUUCAAGCUCCAUUCAUUUCACAUUUCAGUCCGGAUUAAGUUGGUGUAGUGCUCUAAAGAUGAGGUUGUUGACCCUUUCCAGAAGAGUCUAGCUCAUAUUUGUGACCUGCCUUUGGCCUCUUUAAAACAAUUUGAUUUACAGAAGAUGGGAACUUAGCAUCGCCUGUAACUACCUUUUAUUCCCCAAAACAUAAACAUCUCAAAUUAUAUGACACUUGACCCCUGGGAAAGCUUGGUCCUAGUGAAUUAGCCAAUGUGGCCUAAUAGAGACGACUGCUGGAACAGAACCAGGAAGAGCAGAGUUCAAGUAAUUGACUUCUUGGUUGAUCAAAGAAUUCCAUUUGGCCCCAGUGGAAAUGGAAUUCGACUGUAGGCCUUGAGCCUAACAGAUGUUUGACUUUCUUUUUAAUGUAAAGCACUUGGAGCAUUUUUGUUUGAAAUGGAAAGGUGAAGUAUAAAUGUUUUUAAAAAUAAAGAAAUCCUUUUCAAUGUGGGAUGUUCCUCAAGCUGAGACACCACAAAGAGCUAAACAAUGGCUGAAAGGGCCCAUAACGCGGCAUUCAAUUUGGAGACAUGACUAUUUAUUACAAGCUAAUGCAAGUUAAUAGGGAUGCGGGUGGUACUGUGGUCUGGACCACUGAGUCUCUUGGGCUUGUUGAUCAGAAGAUUGGCAGUUCAAAUCCCCUCGACGGGGUGAGCUCCCAUUGCUCUGUCCCAGCUCCUGCCAACCUAGCAGUUCAAAAGCACGCCCCAAAGUGCAAGUAGAUAAAUAGGUAACACUCUGGUGGGAAGCUAAAUGGUGUUUCCGUUCACUGCUCUCGUUUUGGUGUUCUGUUGCACCAGAAGUAGCUUAGUCAUGCUGGCCACAUGACCCAGAAAAACUGUCUGCGGACAAACGCAGGCUCCCUCGGCCUGUAAAGCAAGAUGAGCGCCUCAACCCCAGAGUCAUCUGCAACUGGACUUAACUGUCAGGGGUCCUUUAAGGUAAAGGGGCCCCUGACCAUUAGGUCCAGUCAUGGCCGACUUUGGGGUUGCAGCGCUCAUCUCGCUUUAUUGGCCGAGGGAGCCAGCAUACAGCUUCCGGGUUAUGUGGCCAGCAUGACUAAGCCACUUCUGGUGAACCAGAGCAGUGCAUGGAAACGCUGUUUACCUUCCCACCGGAGCAGUACCUAUUGAUCUACUCGCACUUUGACGUGCUUUCGAACUGCUAGGUUGGCAGGAGCAGGGACCGAGCAAUGGGAGAUCACCCUGUCGCGGGGAUUCAAACCACCGACCUUCUGAUCGGCAAGCCCAAGAGGCUCAGUGGUUUAACCCACAGCACCACCCGCAUCCCUUCAGGGGUCCUUUACCUUUAAUGCAAGUUAACAGGCACCACUUUUGAAACAAAGCAAUUUAAAGAAUAGAUCAUUUGGAAUGACGUGUGGUGUGUGUGUGUGUGUGUGUGUGUGUGUGUGUGCGUGUGCGCUUAACCCUUUCUUCACUUGACAUUGUCCCCAUUCAGGGGCAACCCAAGACAUUUUGGCAACUGAGGCAAACUACAAAAUGGCACCUCCUUCCCCACCUGGGAAAGAAGGAGUGAGUGAAGACCUAUAUCAGAAACAAGGGGGGAAUAAGGCUCUAGACUGGGAUCUGCUGCCCCUGUGGAUCCUGCCAUCUGCGGCGGUCGCCUCACCUUGCCUCAUGGGUGGGCUGGCCCUGUCCCCAGCCCAAGAGGAAUUUACUCAAACUUGUGUUUUGUAUUUGUUGCUGGAAGCGGGCAACUAGGAAUAUAGAACUUGCAGGAAGGGAAAUGGGUUAAGCAUGCCUUCCCCUCACCGCUUUUUCACUUUAAAUUCCUCCCACCUGUCAUCUACUUGCAGUGAAGUCCUUUACACUACAACCAUGCCACAAUUAUCUGAUUGAAGUUAAAUUGCUUUUGAAUCACUUUAAAGUACUAUAAGGAAGCAUUAAAAAAGAACUAAUCCCGAGAAAGUGCAAUCACAGAACUCAGAGUAAAUGGAAAUCAUGUCACAAAAACAACAGGGAUUAUUGCAUGCUGUAAAAUAUGCAACUUAUUUAUUAUCAAGAAAAUGUUUACUGUAAUAAAUAAAGAAAAUACAGCUCCACUAAUGGCCUGCAUCGUGGCAAUAGGGAAUAUUUGCUUUUUACAGUCCACAAUUGCUUGUUUUAUGAUAAAAGGCUGUAUAUUUCAUGCCAGAUAGCCCCCAAAAGUAUAUAUUUCAUGUUUAAAUAUAAAAUAUUUAUGAAUCUAAGAAAUUAGCCUUUCCAUUAUAGACUGGUUGUGUUAUAAUGAAAUCAAGACAAACCAAACAAACUACACAUCCAGUGACACCUCCCCCCCAAAAAAAAAUUAUCUUCUUUUUCUCAGAAUCUUAGACAAGCCGAGUGACUAGUACUGUUGCAAGAAGUGAUUUGAGACACUUGCCCAGAACACAUGAAAAAAACUCUCAUUCUCACCUCAGAUGAAAAAUGCGCACGGAGAAAGGUUAAUCGCAAAUGAUUCUGAGGUAGGGACAGCUUGAUAUGGGAGUAGACACUCCUUCAGGUUCUUGGGUCACAAGUAAUUUGAAGACAAGCACCAGUUAGCAUCUUGACCUGGGCUCAGAAGUGGACAAGUAACCAAUGGAGAUAUUUUAGUAUUGGUGCACUAUGAGCAAGAUAACUUCUGCAAUGUGCUCUACGUGGGGCUACCUUUGAAGGUGACACGGAAACUGCAAUUAAUCCAGAAUGCGGCAGCUAGACUGGUGACUGGGAGUGGCCACUGGGACCACAUAACACCGGUUCUGAGAGAUCUGCAUUGGCUCCCAGUACGUUUCCGAGCACAAUUCAAAGUGUUGGUGCUGACCUUUAAAGCCCUAAACGGCCUCGGUCCUGGAUACCUGAAGGAGCGUCUCCACCCCCAUCGUCCAGCCCAGACACUGAGGUCCAGCGCCGAGGGCCUUCUGGUGGUUCCCUCAUUGCGAGACGUGAGGUUACAGGGAACCAGACAGAGGGCCUUCUCGGUAGUGGCGCCCACCCUGUGGAACACCCUUUCUUCAGAUGUGAAGGAAAUAAGCAGUUAUCCUAUCUUUAAAAGACAUCUGGAGGCAGCCCUGUUUAGGUAAGUUUUUAAUAUUUAAUGCUGUACUGUUUUUAAUAUUUGAUUGGGAGCCGCCCAGAGUGGCUGGGGAGACUCAGCCAGAUGGGUGGGGUAUAAAUAAGUUGUUGUUGUUGUUGUUGUUGUUGUUGUUGUGGUUGUUGUUAUGAGACAUUUAGAAGGAAGGUUGGGUUAUUUGGUUAACCAUCUCAAUUGGCUUCUAGGGGGAGAACUAAUUUGUUGCUAAUUUCAUUCCCAGCCAAUGUUCUUAAAGGCCCCACAACCCAUUGGACUAGACAUGGGACUAAACGUAAAGGUAAACGUACCUCUGACCAUUAGGUCCAGUCACAGACGACUCUAGGGUUGUGCACUCAUCUCGCUCUAUAGGCCAAGGGAGCCGGCGUUUGUCCGCAGACAGUUUUUCCAGGUCAUAUGGCCAGCAUGACUAAGCUGCUUCUGGCAAACCAGAGCAGCGCACGGAAACGCUGUUUACCUUCCCGCUAGAGUGGUACCUAUUUAUCUACUUGCAAUUUGAUGUGCUUUCGAACUGCUAGGUUGGCAGGAGCUGGGACCAAACAAUGGGAGAUUACCCCGUUGCAGGGAUUCAAACCGCCGACCUUCUGAUCGGCAAGCCCUAGGCUCUGUGGUUUAGACCACAGCACCACCCGCGUCCCAGACAUGGGACUAUUCCUUUGCAAACACUCUUCCCUUACUAUGCUACAAUUAUUCACUGAUGUUAAGUGCCAUAAUCAGGGCAUACACUGCUAGACUUCAUUUAUGUAUUUCUUCAUAAAAGAAUAUACUGCCCUCUUGCAAAACAUCAGGGCGGUGUACAACAUACAGACUUUUAAAAGCCAAACAAAGCAACCAUUAAAAUGACUUAUUACUCAAGGACAUUUUAGACAACUGCAUACAAAUUCAAUAAAUAGUGAUAGCAAUAAUAAUAAUAAUACUUUACCAAGUGAUUUCUAUGCAUUUGAUUAACUGAGAAAUACUGUACACUUUUUAAGGUUUACAACUCUUGUCAUGUGUCCAUCUAUACUCCUGGAUAAUGAUAUCCCGUUUUUUCCUCUCUGAUUCAUCAGCUUCCUCCAUACCCUAGCUAUACCCAGGUGGGUGAAUGUUGCACGCUUAGGAACAGCCACAAAAAAGUAUGAAGCAGCCCUUAACUGUGUUCCAGAUUCCUCUUAUUUUAUUUUGAGCUUCUGCUACUGCCAUCAGUUCAGAUACACAUUUGAAUCCCACUCUGUCUUAGGAUCCUACAACUUAUAAACUUUUAAAUUAAACGAAAAGACCGAGAUGUUAAUGGGCAUGCUAGAAGCUUUUAACUGUUUCCACUGACCUCAACCAUUAUGGGAUCCAAGCUUGGAGGUCUUGGGAGGCAAUGAUCUGUAAUAACUCGCCAAAUCUUGAUGGAUGCUAGCAAUCUGAACACAUAAACUCCCAUUCUAUGGCUCCAGCUGUGCAACUGAUGCUGUGGACAAUCUGUAUUUGUACUGGUCCUGUCCUGACUUCUGCUUCCAUAAAAAUCAAUACAAUCUUCUCCAUGGACUUUAGGGAUUUUCCUUUGCUGUGUACCAGUAAUUUGAAUUUUUUUUCUGCUGAAACUGUCUGAUAUAUUUUCUGCCAAUAUACCCUUGAUACUAAAUACCCUUGCAGGGAAAUAAUUAAGCUGUUUCGAAAAUAGAGAAACGAAGCACUGAAUAUUACAAUAUCAUUUCUUAACUCUUGGUUCAGUAUCCCCCCCCCCCUUUUAGCCAUAUAAAAGGGAGUGGGGAAGCAGACGGAGGAAGAGGCUCGCUUUUUAAACACAGUGCUUCUGUAAGGGAAGGGGGGAGUGGGAAUCCCUCGCUGAUUUAUGAAUUUGAGUUUGAAAAGUGGCUUGUAAUACAAUGACUUUGCCAGGACAACAUACCCUGUUUCAUAUCUAAGUACUUAAAUAGUGCAGAAUUGUCAAGUAAUAUAGCAGUUGCUAACAAGGCUGUCAAGCAAACUUUGUGUAGUCAGCAGUUGCACGUAUAUGACUUUCUGUACUUGAUGAAUGCUCAGGUUACCAAAUGGCUUGGCUAAUGCAAAAUCCAGUCUAAGUCAUGUACGCCUUGCUUCCCUCCCCUUCUUUCUACUGACCUCAAACAUACUGCCUUUUGUGGCUAACCUUACUACAACUGAAACAUUUGCCACGUUCAGCUUCUCAGUUCAAUUCCAGGGCAUGUCCAAAACCUAGCAACUUACGCUGCUGAAUAAAAGGAUAGGAGAUGCUAUUCCCUUUCACAGAAACAGUUUACUUACUCUUUGCCGUUAAAAUCUGCAUCACUAAAAUUGAAAACACACUCACUUCCACUUGUCACCAUCAGUUGUGCACUGGACACGAAGGACGUUGCAAUUAGCUGCAACACAGUCCCACUGAAAGCAAUGGAAUGGGAUUCUGCCAUUCUAACUUCAGUCACGUUGAUUUCAAUGGACCUUAUCAUGACCAACCUUGACUUAAAUUCGAUUGACGUCCAAGGAUAUGGCACUCAUUUAGAAGUGAAUGGAUCAAAUUUAGAACUUUUCAAGGUGUAG